CGUAGCAGUUCGGAGUCGGGUCAGCUGGUUGUUUGCAGUCAUGGUUUAACUAGUGACAUUUCCACCGAACUUUAGGGUGAAUUUCCCUGACGUUCAUGCAUUUUAACUCUUUAUUCUUGCGUUUUUUCUAACUUAACCCGCGUUUCCUGGUUGAUUGCGGGGAAACCAGCUAAUGUUUUUAGCCUGUUAGCUUCAUGUUAGCUGACAGCGUGGAGCAUCCUUGUAGCAUAUAAUUGACACAUUCACCGAGGGGAUCACCAGUGCACCGCUGCCAUGGCUGGAGGAAUCACAGAGACUGGAGAGCCCUACUCUGCCUUUGUGGGGCUCAUUUACAUGUUCAACCUCAUUGUUGGAACUGGAGCUCUGACAAUGCCCAAAGCCUUCGCCACGGCCGGAUGGGUGGUCAGCCUUUCCCUCAUCACAUUUUUGGGGUUCAUGAGUUACAUGACCACGACAUUUGUGAUUGAGGCGAUGGCGGCGGCGAACGCUCAGCUCCGAUGGAAGAGGAGAGAACAGGAGGAGACUGAUGAAAGCGACUCUACCUCCGAUUACUCAGACGAUGAAGUCAUAACCAGGGGAAGAUCAGAGCCAGAGACCAAACCCAUCCUGUCCAUCCAGCGCUCCGGAGGUCACACGGAUCAUUUCGACAUCGUGGAGAGGGUCGAGAUGGGGCAGAUGGCUUCAAUGUUCUUCAACAAAGUUGGCGUGAACAUGUUCUACAUCUGUCUGAUCGUGUAUCUGUACGGAGACCUGGCCAUCUACGCUGCAGCUGUCCCCAUCUCACUCAUGGAGGUCGCCUGCGGGAACCAUUCGUGUAGCACAGGCAGCGUGAAGUACAAUGACACCGACCCGUGUUGGGGCCCAGUCACCAGGAAGGACGCGUACAGGGUCUUUCUGGCUGUGUUCACUUUGCUGUUGGGACCCUUCACUUUCUUCAACGCUCAGAAGACCAAAUAUCUUCAGAUCCUCACCUCUCUCAUGCGCUGGAUCGCGUUCACCAUGAUGAUCAUCUUGGCUCUGAUCAGUAUCGGUAAGGGUUCGGGUGACGGCCACCCCCCGGUCGCCUCUUUAUCGGGGGUUCCUAACCUGUUCGGAGUCUGCGUCUACUCUUUCAUGUGUCAGCACUCGCUGCCCUCUCUCAUCACUCCGAUCUCCAACAAAAAGCACGUGGGGACCUUCGUUUUCGCCGACUACACCCUCAUUUUGGGCUUCUACGUUUUACUCUCCUUGACCGCCAUCUUCUGUUUCGAUAGCUCCUUCCUUCACGACAUGUACACGCUUAACUUCACCGAUAACUGCAACGUACUGGACAUCCCGUUUUUGCGAUACUUCCUUGGACUAUUUCCAGUUUUCACGAUAAGCACGAACUUCCCGAUCAUCGCCGUGACGCUGCGAAACAACUGGAAGACGCUUUUCCACCGAGAAGGUGGGACGUAUCCGUGGAUUGUCGACCGAAUCGUGUUUCCCCUGAUCACUCUAGUGCCCCCGGUGGUUGUGGCGUUUUGUACACAUAAUUUGGAGUCCUUGGUUGGGAUUACAGGGGCAUACGCUGGCACGGGAAUACAGUAUGUGAUUCCAGCUUGUUUGGUGUACUAUUCAAGGAGACAUCUGGAGCCGGUAAUGGGGAGAGAUGCAGUGAAUAAGCACCAGUCCCCCUUCAGACAUGCCUUCUGGGUUUGGUUUGUUUUGGUGUGGGCCGCGUCCUGUCUCAUGUUUGUAACUGCUAAUAUUAUCCUCACAGACACCAAGAAAUGAGAGAAGAAAGAAAUCUAUAUUUGAAUUAAAAUUUUCUCUGCUCAUUUAUGGAUUUUUUGGGGAGUCAUUAGCAUACAAUUUGGCUCGCUUCGAAAUGUUAAAGGUGCUGCAUCUGAUUUUUAGUGUCCUACAAAACAUGAAAAACAGAAUUUGUUCAUUUUUAACAGGUUGCAGUGGCACAAACUUAUUCCUCACUUACCUUAUGCAUUCAGAGCAUCCUAAUUAUUCACUGCAAAUAGUUUAUACAUGCUUUUCUAGCAUGUUAACGCACACUUCCUGACUAUAACACAUCUUUAGAUUAUUUCCAAUUAGAAGCAGUGGAUUUAUUUUUACCUAAUGAGCUACAUAUAAUGCAUAUCUGUACUGGGACAAGACAAAUUUAGAUUCGUAUAAAAAAAAAAAAAAAAAAAAACUGAGACCUUUAAGAUUUUUUAAGUUGUGCUAUGGAAUGUUCCAAGUAUAGCAUUAAACAUAAAGGGACAGUUCGGAAUUUUGGACCUCAUUUCCUAGUGAGCCAGAGUGUUGGAGACGUGUGGAGACACUUUUUUUAAAUAUUCCAUCCAGUCCUUGUAUUUGCAGAGGUCGCUGGUGCUAGACUAGCACAUGUCGAUGGCCAUAGUUAUCCUGCCACUAAAAACAGUCUUACCCACUCCACAAAACACCCGAAACAAAACUAUUAUUACACCAGACUAUCCAUGUAAAUCCUGUGUUGAUAGAAUAAUGUUUGAAAUAAAACUAACAUUGCAUCGCAUGAAUCGUUGCAUGUCGAUGGACUAUUUUCUCAGCAGCAGCGGAAUUUGACUUAAGAUAGGUGCUAGGUGAUAUCAGUCCACCACUGCCAAGCUUUCUAUCAGGAAGUACAACCAUGAAUCUAAAUCCUUCAAAUGCAAGGUUGGUUUUACUUCUAUAAUUAUUCUAUCAGCACAGACAUUCGCAUCGACAGUCUAGCUUUAUAAUUGUUUUGCCUCGGGUGCUUUGUGGAGUAUUUGUAGUGGCAGGAUAACUAUGGCCAUUG